GUACCACGGUGUCAGUCGAUCGCUUCACUUUGAACGGCCAUCGCCACUCUUCAAUAAAUAAGUCCGUUCUAUCCGCGUGUGAUUGUGAAAUAAUAAGUUAUAUUAACAUUAAUUAAUAUUCUUUACAAAACACAUUAGUGAUCGAAAUGCUGACUGUCAAGUGUAAAUAACGCGUCAAAAAGAUCACUUUAUCACCGACUGUGAUGUAGAAAACAACUAAUUCAUUAACAUUUAUAACUAAACAGAUUUAAUCAACACAAACAAUAAAAAAAUAAAUAAACAAAAGAAAAUUCAUUAAAUAAAAUGAUAUAUUAGUAUUGUGUUUGUGAUUAAAUUUACGGACGUAAUAAACUUCUUAAAAUGACAACUCAAAGAGAAGAAAAGAAGAAAGUGAGCCGAACAAGGAUUGUGUUAUCACAGGUGCUAGCAUGUAUCGCUCUGGAUUUUCUACUGGUGGGCCUUGGGAUGUCCAUCAGCUUUGUUACUAUGGUGGUGCCAGAUGUCCUGGAUGCCAAGGAAGGGUUGUCGCUCAACAAGAAAGAGGCAUCAUGGUUCGGUAGCAUGGCCUUUCUAUGUCAACCCCUCGGGAGCAUCUUCUCCGGGCCAUUAUUGGAUUACUUCGGACGAAAGAAGGCUCUAUUCCUGGUAAACAUACCGCAUCUUUUCGCGUGGGUGCUGAUGUAUACCGCAUGGAAUGUGCCUUCACUGUUCAUCGCUAAUGCCUUAUUAGGUAUCGGUACGGGGAUAAUGGAAGCUCCUUCAAUCACUUAUGUCGGUGAAGUAAGUGACCCAUCCAUUCGAGGGAUCCUUACAACCCUGACGAAUUGUUUCACCUCCACCGGAAUGUUCAUAGCAUACUUGCUUGGCACAGUUCUCACCUGGCGGCAAGCAGCACUUGUAUCACUAACAGUACCUAUAGCAACAAUGCUCUUGGUUCUAUUCGUUCCAGAAACACCGAUAUGGUUACUCUCCAAGGGCCGCCAAAAAGAAGCGUUGCGAUCGCUGUGCCGUCUUAGAGGAUGGGCACAGCCAGAGGAUGUAAAAGAGGAAUUCGAUCAACUUGUACAAUACAAUGACCUUAUUCAACAGUGCGUCGUAUGCACAAGUGAAGGAAAAUCAGACGUAGAACCGUGCUGUCACAAUUCCCACAAUAUUUUCAAAAGAAUGAUAAACAAAUUAAGAAACGUACUAUUCAUUAAAGAAACUAUGAGACCUUUUGCUCUAGUUAUGGCGUAUUUCUUUUUCUAUACGCUUAGUGGAUUGGCACCUAUAAAACCGAACAUGGUGAAUGUAUGCAGAGCGCUUGGUAUGAAAUAUGACCCGAAAAAUAUUGUGGUUGCAGUUGGCGUAGUGUUCAUAAUAAUGAACAUCUUAUCUGCAGUAAUAGUUAAAGUUAUUGGAAAGCGAAAGUUAGUUUUAUUCUCACUUCUGGCAACUGCCUUUUGCAGUUUAGCUAUAAGUGUGUACGCACGCACAAACCUUCCUAUGGAAUUGUUCUCCUACGAACCUAGUACUUUUCCGAACCAAGGAGAGAUUCUGCCGGUAAUUUUAUUUAUGAUGCUGGUAUCGUUCAGCAGCCUUGGAAUACCGUGGGUGCUACUGUCUGAAGUCUUUCCAUUCAGGGGCCGUGGUUUAGCCACGGGUCUAGCAGCUGCUCUUAGCUACGUAAUAUUUUUUGUAGCAGCUAAAACAAAUUACAAUCUAGAAGCAAACUUCCACAUGAGUGGUGCUUUCUUUUUCUACGGAAUAAUUGGUAUAAUUGGAACGUGCUAUCUUUACUUCUUUUUACCAGAAACGGAAAGUAAGACCUUGGUCGAAAUCGAGGCAUAUUAUAAAGGUAACCAAAAAAUAUUUGCAGACGACUUCUUUAUCAACGCAUUCAGAAAGAAGAACUGCCUAAAUACUGAUGUCAAUAAACCUAUGCUGGUCAAGUAACUACCUCAAACGGCUAUAGUUUUCAUUUUAGAUGUAUAAAGAUGAAUUUAGUAAAUAAUUUGUUAUCUUAGAAGAAUUAGGUUUGUUAAUGAGAUUACAUUAUUUUUUUAAA